CUCCCCCGGCCGCUGGCUCGCUCGGCUCGCGACGCUGCAGAGGCUCCGAGGCGGCGGCGGCGACUCCCUCUUUUCCCCCUCCCUCCCGUCUCUGUCGGUCCGUCCGUCUGUGCGUCUGUGCGUUCGGCCUCGGUCCGGCCCGAAGCAUGGCCGGCGUCAGCUUCAGCGGCCACCGCCUGGAGCUGCUGGCGGCCUACGAGGAGGUGAUCCGGGAGGAGAGCGCGGCCGACUGGGCCCUGUACACAUAUGAGGAUGGCUGCGAUGACCUCAAGCUUGCAGCGUCAGGAGAAGGGGGCUUGCAGGAGCUCUCUGGCCACUUUGAGAACCAGAAGGUGAUGUACGGCUUCUGCAGUGUCAAGGACUCCCAGGCCGCUCUGCCAAAAUACGUGCUUAUCAACUGGGUCGGGGAAGAUGUACCUGAUGCCCGCAAAUGUGCUUGUGCCAGCCACGUGGCUAAGGUGGCUGAGUUCUUCCAGGGUGUCGACGUCAUCGUGAAUGCCAGCAGCGUGGAAGACAUCGACGCGGGUGCUAUCGGGCAGCGGCUCUCCAAUGGGCUGGCGCGGCUCUCCAGCCCGGUGCUACACCGCCUGCGGCUGCGUGAAGAGGAAAACGCUGAGCCCGUGGGCACCACCUACCAGAAGACGGACGCGGCCGUGGAAAUGAAACGGAUUAACCGUGAGCAGUUUUGGGAACAGGCCAAGAAGGAGGAGGAGCUGAGGAAGGAGGAGGAGAGGAAGAAGGCACUGGACGAGAGGCUGAGGUUUGAGCAGGAGCGGAUGGAACAGGAGCGGCAGGAGCAGGAGGAGCGGGAACGGCGUUACCGGGAGCGGGAACAGCAGAUCGAGGAGCACAGGAGGAAACAGCAGACUCUGGAAGCUGAAGAGGCCAAGAGGCUGUUGAAGGAGCAGUCAAUCUUUGGUGACCAUCGGGACGAGGAAGAAGAGACCCAGAUGAAAAAGUUGGAAUCAGAGGUAGAGGAGGCAGCCGCCAUUAUUGCCCAGCGACCAGACAACCCCCGGGAGUUCUUCAAGCAGCAGGAACGAGUUGCCUCGGCCUCCUCAGGCAGCUGCGAUGUGCCCUCGCCUUUCAACCACCGGCCAGGUCGUCCGUACUGCCCUUUCAUAAAGGCAUCGGACAGUGGGCCUUCCUCCUCCUCCUCCUCCUCUUCCUCCCCUCCACGGACUCCCUUUCCCUAUAUCACCUGUCACCGCACCCCAAACCUCUCUUCCUCCCUCCCAUGCAGUCACUUGGACAGUCACAGGAGGAUGGCCCCCGUCCCCAUCCCCACCCGGAGCCCGUCGGAUUCCAGCACGGCCUCCACCCCUAUCGCUGAGCAGAUCGAACGGGCCCUGGACGAGGUCACGUCCUUGCAGCCGCCGCCGCCACCACCACCGCCACCACCAGCCCCAGAGACCGAGGAGGUCAGCCCCAGCCUGGAGAGUGAAGAGACCAGCAAGGAAGCCAGAGCAGCAGCCCCUGAGGCCUGGGCUGGCCCCAAGGAGGAGCCCCUUCAGGCAAGGGAGCCCCCCCGGGGGCAAGACGGCCCCCUGGAGGACUUGUCAUUUGUGGAAUCUCCAGAUCAGGCCAUCCUGGAUGCCCCUCUAGAGCCUGCCACAGCUGACGCCACUGCGGCUGCCACUGCAGCUGCCACCUUAGUGGCUGAUGCUGAUGCAGCUGACGCCAUUGAAGCCACCACUGCUGCUGCUGCUGACACCGCUGUUGCCACCGCUGUCCCCCCUGCUGCUGCCAGCCUCAUUGACCUAUGGCCUGGCAACGGGGAGGGGGCCUCUGCGCCCCAGGCUGAGCCCCGUGCCGCCACGCUUCCCUUGGGGGCUGAGGUCACUCUGGCAGAGGUGCCCCUGCUGGACGAGGGUGUGCAGGAGCCACUGCCACCAGCAGGUGAAGGCUGUGCCAACCUUCUCAAUUUUGAUGAGCUGCCUGAGCCACCAGCCACCUUCUGCGACGCAGAGGGGGAGGUAGAAGGGGAGCCCCUGGCCACUUCCCAGGCCCCAACUCUGCCUUUAGCUCUGGCAGAGCUGGAGCAGGAGCUGGGGCAGGAGCCAGCGCAGGAGCCGGAACAGGAGCGGGAGUCUGAGCCCCACCUGCUGACCAACGGCGUGACCACCCAGAAGGAGGGGACCCAGGCCAGUGAGGGGUACUUCAGCCAAUCACAGGAGGAGGAGUUUGCCCAAUCAGAAGAGCUGUGUGCUAAGGCUCCGCCUCCUGUGUUCUACAACAAGCCUCCAGAAAUCGAUAUCACCUGCUGGGAUGCAGACCCAGUACCAGAAGAGGAGGAGGGCUUCGAGGGUGGCAAUUAGCAGUAGCACCUGCCCUCAGGCUGCCCUUGCCACGGCCGCCCACCUCCGCCAGCCUCUGGCCAGACGGCCCGCCGUGCCUGCACUCGCAGCAGCUCUGCCUGGCACCCACUCCGGAUCCCGGCCCCGGCCCGGGACUUGGCCGCUUCCUUACCCACAGGGCCCAACUUUUACAGCUUUUCUCUCUCUCUCUCUCUUUUUUUUAAAGUUGAUAGGAGACUUGUACAGUUGACUGGUUUUCCUCCUGUUGGUAGUUGAGACGCUGUUGCAGAUUUCACCCCCUCUCUGCCCGGUCCAGAUUGUAGCUGUUAGUUCUCUCUGCUCAGCUGGCCGGGGUGGCGGCCUCACCCUGCUUGGGGCCUGGUUGGGGGAGGGGGGGCUCUGGUGGGAAAAUGUUCCCCCACCUCUUUUCCUAGUUUUAUGUUUCUUGGAAAAAUAUCACUUUGUAUUCUCCGUCCAGGGCUUCAGAUAUUUUGCACGAAUUUUAAAACAUGGCAAUAAAUGGCUCGUGGGCUCUGGCUCCCUGGGAACCCCCUCCCCGCCCUCUCUCAACCCCUCCCUGCCUGACCCAAAAGGAAGUAGCAGGCCCAGCAGGGGCUCCUCGGCUUCCCUGGCCCUCGCCUGCCCCCUCCUGCUGGGCAGGUCCCACGCUGGAGGCCCUAAGUGCCAUCCAGGUCAGGGCUAUAGGUGGGGCCUGGGGCUCAGGUGGCCCCUCCUGAACUCCUCCUUUGCUUGGGUUCCUUUUUCACAUUCAGUAACUGUUUUUUUGGAAAGCACAAACUUCUGUAACGGGUCGUGCUUAUGUCUGUUAAUAAAGAUAUCCAGAUCCCUUCAGGCCUGCUGCUCC